GCGAUGAUUUUGCAUGAAGCCAGAAGAGGGGCCACACAAUCACUAUCACCCGCAUGAUAGUUGAUCUUGAUAACACUAUCGCCACCAACACCACUAUAUCCCACGCAAGUCAACACGUUCAUAUUUUCAUUCAUCCGUUAAAAUACUUCGUAAGAAGCUACUCGAAAGCCAUGCAAAUGCUAUAAAUAGGAUAACUCCUUAACCACAUUAAUCCUCACUAUCAUAAGCAUUUCAUUUCAUCUAAGUACGUAAGAUAUUUCAUACGAGUAACUUGCAUAAAGAUACUAGUGGACUAAUAUAUAAUUGUCAUACUUGAUAAGUUAGGAAUGGCUCAUUCCAAGCUUAUAGCAUCUGCAUUGUUGAUUUUGCUCUUUGUUGAUCUUGCCUUUUGUGCAAGAUUAGGAAAGACGAUACACGGUGGAGGAAGAGGUGGUGGUGGUGGAGGAGGCUCAGCAUUAGGGUCAGGUUCAGGAUAUGGUUCAGGGUAUGGUUCAGGGGAAGGCUCGGGAUAUGGUGGUGGUGAUGGGGUGUUCGGACGUGGUGGAGGAGGUGGUGGAGGAGGCGGCCAUGGAGGCGGUGGUGGUGGUGGAAAUUCGGGGAGGGGUAGUGGUUCUGGCUCUGGAUAUGGGUCCGGAUAUGGAUCAGGGUAUGGGUCAGGUGAAGGAAUAGGUAAGGGUGGAGGUGGUGGAGGUGGUGGUGGUCAUGGUGGAGGAGGCGGUGGUGGCACAGGAAAUAAUGGCUCAGGAUAUGGUUCGGGUUCGGGCUAUGGAAGUGGAAGUGGCUCAGGGUAUGGAAGUGGUGGCGGUGGAAGAGGAGGAGGCGGAGGCGGUGGUGGUGGUGGAGGAGGUGGUGGUGGCGGCGGUGGCGGCAAUGGUAAUGGUUCAGGCUAUGGUAGUGGCUCAGGGUAUGGAUCAGGCUAUGGUUCAGGAUAUGGUGGGGGGAAUGGAGGUGAUGAACCUUGAACUACUGGAAUGAAGUUCAUGUAUACGAAAAUUUGAUAAGUAUUUGGUAUUUGCAUUAUUUAUGAUAUGGAAUAAAUUGCAUGGUUUUAACCACCUUUAUUUAUGUGGUGGUAAACUUUGCUUUGCUUGUGUUUGUAAUCAGAUUUCAAUGUAUGCUAUUUUAGUAUGUUAAGUUAAUGCAAUAAUAACUUUCCAGGUUUUCCUCAA